AUGUCGGGGGAUAACGAAGAGACUCAGACAGCUGAGGAGACGCCGGUGGAAGAGAAGGAGGUUCAGGAAAAGACGAUCAGCCCCGAGAAGGCAGAAGAGGCUAAACUGAAAGCAAGAUAUCCAAAUUUGGGAAAUAAACCCGGAGGGUCGGAUUUACUUCGGAAACGCCUUCAGAAAGGGCAAAAGUACUUUGACUCUGGUGACUACAACAUGGCAAAAGCGAAGAUAAAGAACAAACAGCUGCCAACAGCUGCACCAGAGAAGACCGAGAUCACAGGGGACCACAUCCCCACCCCCCAGGACCUGCCCCAGAGGAAACCCUCUCUUGUGGCCAGUAAACUGGCAGGCUGA